AUGUUCCUCUCCAACCUCCUGCCCGCCACACUCCUUCUUUUCCUCCAAUACUUACCUCAAUCAACAGCCGCACCAACGGACAUCCCCUCCGCCGCUUCGUUCUACGUCUCCAAUCUCCCCGACCUCAACCAAGAUAAUACACAUCCCUUGCACAUAUUCGCCGGUCAUAUCUCUGCCGACCCGAAUGCGGCGUCUGCACCCGCUACCGCCGUCACUUCCCAUCUCUACUUCGUUCUCACAAAGGCGCGGAGGACGGCAGACAAGGAGCGGAUACUGUUUUGGUUUAAUGGUGGCCCAGGAUGCUCGUCUUUUGACGGACUUAUGAUGGAGAUUGGGCCGUGGAGGAUGAAUGACCAUGGAGGGCUGGACGUUGCAGAGGGUGGCUGGGAAGAGUACACGAAUAUCGUAUACGUGGAUCAACCUGCUGGGACAGGAUACUCGUACACAAGCACGGACAGCUUCGUGCAUGAACUCUCAGAUGCAUCGGACCAAUUUCUAGAAUUCUUGAAGAACUUCUACAAGACGUUCCCAGAAUACAAGCACAUGGACACUUAUAUCGCUGGAGAGAGCUUCGCCGGACAGUACAUCCCUUACUUCUGUGAUGCGCUGCUCAACUCUACUCUGGAUGUCCCCCUAAAGGGCGCCGCGAUCGGUAACGGGUGGAUGGACGCAAGGAGGCAGUACCCCGCUUUCCUCGACUAUGGCCUCAAGCAUGGUAUUCUUACAGAGGGCUCUGAGACGUACGACAAGAGCAAAGACCUCGUCGACCGAUGCAUGAAGUUGCUCGAUGAGGCAGAGAUAGAGCCUAUUCAUAUUGGACUUUGUGAGCGUAUCUUGGGGACCGUGGCUGAGGGCCGUGAUCGCACUGUAGACGGGCAACAAGUGUGUAUGAAUGUGUAUGAUGUACGGCUGGACGAUGAAUAUCCUGCCUGUGGGAUGACUUGGCCUCCGGAUCUGCAUAAUGUGACGACUUAUCUCGACCGCGGCGACGUCAAAUCCGCCAUCCACGCCACCGCCAAACCCGAAUCCUGGACCGAAUGUCAAUCCCGCAUCGGCUCCCAACUAACACUCAAAAACUCUCCGUCCUCCAUCACCUUCCUCCCGCGCAUCAUCGAGCAGAUCCCGGUCAUGAUCUUCGCGGGCGACAAGGAUUUCAUAUGUAAUUAUGUGGGAUUGGAGGCGAUGAUUCAGAAUUUGGAGUGGGCGGGCGCGAAGGGUCUUGGGGAGGUGGAGACGAUGAAUUGGAGUGUGGGGGGGAGACGGGCGGGGACGUGGGUUGAGAGUCGGGGGUUGACUUAUGCGAAGAUCUUCAACGCCUCACACAUGGUAGGUUUCGACCUCCCACACGUCGCGCACGACAUGAUCCUCCGCUUCAUGGGCGUCAAUUUCUCGGCCAUCGCGGACGGCUCGGCUAGGAUCCCGAGUAGCAUCGGCGAUGUGAGUAAGCCGGUGUGGGUUGGGCUGGGAGAGGAUGCGGUGGCGGGGGCGGAGGAUGGGACGGGGGCGGGGUCGGGGGGGACGGUGGGGGCGGGGGGAAAGACGCCGGAACAGGAUAAGGCGAUGUGGGAAGCGUAUUAUAACGCAGGCUCGGCUGCUAUCGUCCUCGUCAUCUUCGCAGCCAUCAUCGCAGCCUUCUACUGGUUCCGCAUCCGUCGCCGUCGUCGCGGACUUGGUAUGGGCGGGAGCGUCGGCCUUCCACUGUCCAGGAACGAGGUCGAGGAGAGUAUUCCGCUGACGAGGUCGGAGGAGUUUGGAGGGGAGUAUAAGGGGUUGGAGAAUGGGAAUAGGAAGGGAAAGGGGAAAGAGAGGGCUGUAGGUGAGGGAAGGGGGAUGGGGAUGGGGAUGGGGAAGGAGGAUGAGGAUGAGGAGAUGGAGGGGGAGCAGGAGAGGAUAUUCGAUGUGGGGGAUAGUGAUGAGGAGGAUGAGGGGAGGAGGAGGUGA